AUGCACAUCUCUCCGGGUGUUCUUGCCAUAGCCUCAUUUGUGGCCACUGCGGCAACAGUCACAAAUGCCUUCGUUGUGAACAAGCAGUUUUAUCCGUCAAUUGUUUACAUAACGAAGAAGCAAUGCCAGCAUGAUGCAAUAACACCUUGUUCUGAAAUUUGUAUUCAUGGGUUGUUCGUUGACAAUAUGCUUUGCUUGGCAACGACUCAUCCUGGCACUAUUUUCUCUAGCCAUUUUUCUUUGCCUUUUCAGGUCAUUUAUGUGCAGGCUCUUAUUCUGGUGUAUAUACUAUUCCAAAUGGUCAGGAAGAUUUUCUUCGGUGAACUACGAGCUUCAGAAGCUGAGCAUUUAUCAGAGCGUGCUUGGCAUGCAGUGUUGGAAACAUGCUUGGCAUUUACUGUGUUUCGAGACGAUUUUUCGCCACUAUUUGUCAUGCAGUUUGUUGGCCUCCUGUUUGUAAAAAGUUUCCAUUGGUUAGCUGAUGACCGUGUUGACAUGAUGGAACGCAGUCCUGUUAUAACGCUGAAAUUUCAUAUUCGAAUGAUGUGUAUUGUUGCCUUCCUCGGUGCUACAGAUUCUUACCUGCUUUCGCACGCGUAUUUCACUACAUUACUGAAGGGCGCUAGUGCCCAAAUAGUUUUCGGAUUUGAAUAUGCCAUACUGAUGGCUUUGGUGAUCCAUGUUACGAUAAAGUAUAUUCUUCACAUGCACGACCUGCGAACUGCCCAAGCAUGGGAGAAUAAAGCGGUUUAUUUGCUUUAUGCGGAACUUUUCAUAAAUCUGAUACGAUGCGUACUGUAUGGAUUAUUCGCUGCUGUCAUGCUCCGUGUGCACUCGUUCCCGUUGUUCUCAGUGCGACCAUUCUAUCUAUCUUUGCGAGCUUUGCACAAAGCCGUCAACGAUGUCAUCUUGAGUCGAAGAGCUAUCAAUGCUAUGAACAACCUAUUUCCAAUUGUGUCAGCUGAAGAUCUGGCUACAAUGGAUGCCACAUGUAUUAUUUGUCGAGAUGAAAUGACACCAGAAUCAACACCAAAACGACUUCCUUGCGGUCAUGUCUUCCAUACACACUGUCUGCGAAGCUGGUUCCAACGCCAACAAACAUGUCCUACUUGUAGGACGGAUAUUUUAGCCGCAGCUGGUCAACGUGCUGCAGCAAACGGCGCUGUGCCAGCCGCACAGCCGAAUAACGCUCCUGCUCAGAACGGCGCUGUCAACGCUCGACUACCUCCAAAUCUUUUCCCAUUCAUGGCUCAUCAGUUUGCAGUUCCACAACCACGUCCGCCUACUCAGGAUAAUACAGGUCCUGCCGCUGCUGGUGCUACGGAGGGAGCUGCAAAUGCUGCGGGUGGACCGCCUGCUGGAUUUCCUCCAGGACCUUUCCCAGCUUUUCCACCACCGUUUCCUCAGGACAUGCCUCAGUUCCCUUCAUUUCCAUUCAUGGCACCGCUGCCUCCAUUCCCGAUGGAAAUGCCUCGGCCACCAGCUCAACUCGAUCAGCUGUCAGAAGAAGACUUACGCGCUAUGGAAGGUCAAAGUCGUGCAGCUUUGGAGCGUCGCAUAAAGAUGCUCCAAGAUAUUUCAACGUUGUUAGACGCAGCUGUUGCGCAAAUGCAUCAGUACACUUCCAUCUUUGGUGCCGCACCCAUGCCUGUGCCCAUGCCGUCUACAGCUGCUGCUAAUGCUUGGCAAACUUUGUUUGCUCAGGGACCAAGUCAGGCCUUCAGUGGAACCAGUGCUACAGAUGUGACCCAAAGCGAUUCUGGUCAGGAUAUUAAAGAUGCACAGGACGGUGCGACAGUGCAGCAGAAUGGGACAAAGACUGAGAGCACAGCGGCUGAUGUUCCAUCAUCCUCGAAGUCCUUGUUUGGAACCUCAGCAUCCGCUUCGCGAAUAGCAAAGACAGAAUCGUCGACAACUCCUGAAGACAGGGAAUCCCCUGACAUCCCUUCAUCAUCGAAAGAGACGAUUGUUCGAUCACCUGAAGAUGAACAAAUCAGGCUAAGGAGACUGAAGAGGUUCGCAGAUGCUGGGAGUAGUUCUGAAGAUCGCUAG